AUGAAGCUCUAUCACCAGUUCCUCGUCCUUGCUAUCUUCGGGCUUCUGCAAGUAGCCCUUGCAGUGCAGUCGCAAAAAGCCGUCGUUGUUACUUAUCCUGAAAACACUCCGGAUUCGGUGUUGAACGAUGCGAAGAAGGCCAUUACUGAUGCCGGCGGCUGGAUUACUCAUGAAUUCAAUUUGAUCAAGGGUUUCGCCGCGAAAGCUUCAACCACAGCUUUGGAAAGUAUCCAGGCGAAGUCGACCAAUUUUCUCCCCGUGAUCGAAGAGGACAAGGUUGUUACUAUCGCUGGUGACUGUGGUGGGCAGUGUAUCAGAUAUUGGGAUGGCGUUUCUGGUCGGUCUGGUCUGGCGGGAGACAUUACGUUCGUUAUUGGGGUGUGGGACAUGCAAUCAGCCCCAGAGCGGAGAAGCUUCUCUCUUGGCAAAAUAAUCAGAGACACCGACGAGCUCAACGACGGCAUCAUCCUCUGGGAGAUCCUUCAGGACAUCGACCCGCAGUACUUUCUCGACGAACUCCCCGAGCGCAAUCCGUCCGACCACUGGGUCACAAAAUGGCAGAACCUCAAACACCUGCACAAACUGCUUACGGGCUAUAUUCGCAAACAGUACGAUACCGACGAGAUCCCGCCCGGUUUGGACCCUUCGCCCGACCUGAAAGCCAUCUCCGAAGCGAAGUCGCUCAAGGAGACGAAUAAGCUGCUCAAGUUGCUCCUGAUUGCUGCCAUCAGCUCGCCCAAUGCCGAGACAUAUAUAACAACGUUGCAGAAGUUGAGCACGCCGACGCAGGAAGGGUUGAAGAAUAUUAUUGAGGAGGCUCAUAACUCUCAACAUGAAGACCUGUCGGCGGACGAGGAGGAGCCGGACGCUAAGCGCGAGCUGCUCACGGUCGACCCGGAAUUGAAAUUUGAAGAGCGAGUAGGCAAGGUCCUGGCAGAGAAUGAUCGACUCGCAAGCGAGAAGAAGGAAAUGGAAAAGGCUCUGGGAGACCUGCACAACCGUCUAGCGCGUCUGCAGGAGAACAAUGACACUCUGCAAACCCGCCUUGCUUCAACCGAAGAUCGAUUGGUGACGCUCAAAUCGGGGAAAGGGGAUGUGGGAUUCAGUGCAAAGGCUCUUGAAAGUCGCUCACGACAGCAAGAAGAACUCAUCGCCAAUCAAGAAGCAAAACUGACAGCUGCUCAGGAUGAAAUUGACAGCCUCAAAAUGUCCCUGGAGUCGAUGCGAGUCAAGACGCAACGGUUUCAAAAGCUGCAGGAUGACUACGACGAAUUAAAGACGGAAAGAGACCAGUUGAUCCGCAAGGCGAAUGCGGCAGAGAAAUACCGCCAAAAGCUGCAGGCAAGCCAGGACUUUGAGAAGGAGAACCAAACACUGAAAAACCAAGUCAAGGAUCUUCAGCAGCAACUGAAGGAGGCUGAUUCGAACCAGAAACGGUCUGCGGAGCGUGACGUUGAGCUGGAAGAAUAUAGACGGGUGCUGCCGCGCAUUGAGCAGGAUCGACAUGAGAUUCAGAAUCUGAAGAAGCAGCUAGAAUUUAACAACCAUGCUUUGACUGAGCGUCUUCAAAGCGCCGAAGAGCAGCGGGACAGAGACGAGGCUUUGAUCAGUGAGCUGCGAGAGAGAAUCCGAGAAUUGGAAGGUUCGCCUGAUAGUCCUUCUUAUACACCUGGAAACACGUCUCCUAGGCUGCAAAGCACUUUGCAGAAGGAUCUCGACGAUAUAGGGACGAGGGAAACACAGUUGAAAUCGGAGAACGAGGAACUAAAGAAAGAGGUGCACAAACUGCGAACAAGCGUGCAAACAAACACGCUGGGAUCCAGUUUGUCAGCGUAUUCAGAGAAUCUGGCUGCGGCGGCACAGCUUGCUCAAGCGAAGUCCAGGCAGAGUGAGGAAUACUGGAAGCUCUACGAUCAAUACGCGGAGAUCCGCCAGAAGCUUGCAGACGCCGAAGAUCUGAUUGACGCCACCAAGCGGCAACUCGAUGACGCCAAAGCAGAGUUACAACAUGUCAAUAAAGAAAAACUGGACAUCAUCGCCGAAGUCAAAGACUCCAACUCCUCGGAAAUCAGCAAAGUCCGCUCCGAAUGGGACGAGAUCACGCGCAAAGUGCACCAUCUCGAGGCCGAAGUGGACGUCUCCCAUGCGCUGGUCAGAGAUAUGUGCGCCGAACGGGACGAGUUGCGCGCAAUGCUCGAAGCCAAACAGACCGAGAUUCACGCUGAAGACCAGGAUUUCAUCCGGGAAAUGCAGACAUUACUAGCUGAAUUUGCGGCGAGAGAGAAGACUGAGAACCCGGAUGCGCCGGAGAAGUCUGGUAUUGAGCUGCUCAAGCAUUUUGCUGAAGUCACGGAGAAGAGUGCAGAAACCCUCGCAAAGAGGGCUGAACAUAUCGACCAACAAAACGACCUCAUCAAGUCCCUUCAAGAUCAAAUGAAGCACAUGGAGGAUGCCCGGAACGACCAAGAAGAAGACAAUAUACCCAAACAACGCGAGAUUGAACUCCAAGAAAUCAUCAACCGCCAAUCCCGCGAAAUGUCCCUCAUCUGCUCCGCCUGGUACGAGCUUCAGGGCCGACUACAACAUAGCAGCAAUAAUAUACCAGUUGCGCGUUAUCGUCAUCCUGCUAAUGCUGCUGCUGGCGGUGCGGGAGGAGCGUCAGAUUCGCAGAAAGGAUGGCUCGCGAGGCAGAGGGGUCUCGUUUCGGCUGCGAGUAAGUAG